CCCUGGUUCGAGUCCGGGUGUCUCCAACAAUUGUUUUUCUUCAUUUUGUCACGCUUUUAAUAACUUACAGCCAACUUGAAUGACCCUGGCCCUCUGGGACUUGAGAGUUAUGUCAUCCCAGGUUCAAGUCUGACAGCUUCCAGUGAGUAUAAUGCUGACCAUGGUGCAAAGAGAGGUCGUCUUAACCUGGCCCGAGUCGGUAACCUGCGUGGAGCCUGGUCUGCACUAACAAACAAUGCCAACCAGUGGAUCCAGGUGGAUCUUUUGGACCUUUACCGUGUCAUUUCAGUUGCGACUCAAGGGCGAGAAGAUUUAAGCCAGUGGGUUACAAGCUACAAGCUUGCUUGUAGUACUGAUGGCACGAUCCUUCACACCGUGCAGGGAAUUUCUACAAAUCCUGGAGCUGACAGGAUCUUCACCGGUAAUGUUGACCGCAACACCAUCGUGACCAACACUCUUCCUGUGCCCCAGAUUUGCCGUUAUGUUCGCUUGAUGCCUGUCAGCUGGUUAGGCCACAUCAGUCUUCGAAUGGAGAUCUACGGUGAAGGCCCUCUCACAGACACACCUGCAUGCCAGGAAGAUCCUACAGGAGUGAAUUACAGAGGAAACUUAUCUCAGACAAUCAACAAUCAUACUUGUCAAGAAUGGACCUCUCAGGAUCCUCAACAACACGAUAGGACUCCAGCUAACUAUCCUAACGCAGGACUAGACGACAACUAUUGCAGAAACCCGGAUGAUUAUGAGACUGCUUGGUGUUACACCACCGAUCCUGGGAAAAGAUGGGAGGUUUGUGCUGUAGGUUUCCUUGACCCUAGAUGCCAAGCAACGACCGAACCCACGACUAGCCCAACGACACCGACACCUGUACAGUCGGAAACUGUGACAUCUCAAACCACUGUUGCAACGACCGAACCCACGACAAACCCAACAACACCGACACAUGUACAGUCGGAAACUCAGACAUCUCAACCCACUGUUGGUCCUAUCCAGGAUGCUAGCCCUCUAGGAUUGGAAAGUAGGGCAAUCCCAGAUUCAAGCUUGACAGCUUCUAGUGAGUACGACGCCAACCACGGUCCGCGUCGAGGACGGUUAAACAUAGCUAAAACCGGAGCCCUGUUCGGAGGAUGGACUGCCAAAACCAAAGAUUUAAACCAGUGGAUUCAGGUUGAUCUUUUAGAUACGUACAGCAUCGUAGGAGUGGCAACGCAAGGUCGUAAGGACCAAUUCCAGUGGGUAUCCAGCUUCAAGAUUGCCUGCAGUAUGAAUAGUAUUACCUUUGAUACAGUGAAAGACCCGAAUAACACCGACAACGACAACAUCUUUGCCGGCAAUAGUGACAAAAACACCGUGGUUUACAAUCGCUUUCCCGUGCCAAUGGUGUGCCGAUAUGUUCGCCUUUUACCUUACACCUGGCAGCAACGUAUUUCUCUUCGUAUGGAGCUCUUUGGGAGACGCCUUGGUCCUUUCCAGGAUGCUAGCCCUCUGGGAUUAGAAAGUGGGGCAAUCCCAGAUUCGAGCUUGACAGCUUCUAGUGAGUACAACGCCAACCACGGUACGCGUCGAGGACGGUUAAACAUAGCUAAAGUCGGAGCCCUGUUCGGAGGAUGGACUUCCAAAACAAAUGAUUUGAAUCAGUGGUUUCAGGUUGAUCUUUUAGAUACGUACAUCAUCGUAGGAGUGGCAACGCAAGGUCGUAAGGACCAGUUCCAGUGGGUAUCCAGCUUCAAGAUUGCCUGCAGUAUGAAUAGUAUUACCUUUGAUACAGUGAAAGGCCCGAAUAACACCGACAACGACAACAUCUUUGCCGGCAAUAGUGACAAAAACACCGUGGUUUACAAUCGCUUUCCCGUGCCAAUGUUGUGCAGAUAUGUUCGCCUUUUACCUUACACCUGGCAGCAACGUAUUUCCCUUCGUAUGGAGCUCUUGGGGAGACGCCUUGGUCCUAUCAAGGAUGCAAGCCCUCUAGGAUUGGAAAGUGGGGAAAUCCCAGAUUCGAGCUUGUCAGCUUCUACUACGUACAUCAUCGUAAGAGUGGCAACACAAGGUCGUGAGGAUUAUUCCCAGUGGGUAACCAGCUUCAAGAUUGCCUGCAGUAUAAACAGUAUUACCUUUGAUACAGUGAAAGACCCCACUAACACCGACAACGACAACAGUACUGCAGGUGAGACUACCGUUUAUUUGGAGACGACACGAGGCGGUCAGGUAACGACCAGGACAGCAUCAACAACCUUGAAGACAUCAAGUGAAGGAACUGUCGCUGUGACCGCACCGACCAAAACAACGCCCCCAAAGCUUCAAGUGUUUGAGGUUCUUCAUUAA